CCCAUGCUGCCGCACUUUCUUCAACAUUUUCUCCUUCUCUCGUUCCUUCCUUCUCCAAUCCCCUGCCGCCGCCCACCGGUACAGCCGAUGCGAGUGUCCCGUCACCGCUAGAGCCACCGCCCUUGUCGCCAUGCCUCUCAAGCUCUUGUGCGUGCGUGGGGUGUCGUGGGCUUAGAUGGGCCACUCGACUAACUAGUGGGCCCUGCCCAUCCAAAGCAGCAGCGAAUGAGGUGACCUGUUGAGGCUUAUCCGAUUCAAUCAAGAUGCUGCAGCUAUCCAUCCACUGAGAGCGGCCGAGUUGAGCUCCCCGCUCAGCUCCAAUGGCCACUACUGCCGCGGCCGCAGCCGCAGCCAGUGCCUUCUCCCACGGCCACGGGCGGAGCCGGAGGUGUCCCCCACGCUCGCGCUCGCGGGCCACCGUCGCACGCUGUGGUCUCCUACUACCUGUUCCCAGGAGGAAUGUGCUGUCGACAAUGCUCUCCACUUCGACGAUCCUGCUCUUGGGUCCGAGACAGAUCACCUUAGCAGAGACAUCCGGUGGCGCAUUCAGGGAGUACAUCGACAUAUUUGAUGGCUACACUUUCCUGUACCCGAAGAGCUGGAUCCAGGUCCGGGGAGCUGGCGCGGACAUAUUCUUCAGAGACCCCUUCGUCCUCGACGAGAACAUGUCGGUCGAGAUAUCGUCGCCGUCGUCGUCCAAGUACAUGAGCGUCGAGGAUCUUGGCCCUCCGGAGAAGGCUGCAGAGAAGGUUCUGAAGCAGUACCUGACGGAGUUCAUGUCCACCAGGCUGGGCGUUCGGCGCGAGUCCAACGUCCUGUCGGCGGUGUCCAAGGUCGCUGACGAUGGCAAGCUCUACUACGAAGUUGAGGUGAACAUAAAAUCCUAUGCGAGCAACAACGAGCUGGCCGUGAUGCCGCAGGACAGGGUGCAGAGCCUGGAGUGGGACCGCCGGUACUUGUCGGUGCUCGGCGUCGAGAACAAGCGGCUCUACGAGCUCCGGCUGCAGACGCCGGAGCAGGUGUUCAUGCAGGAAGAGGAAGACAUCAGAAGAGUCAUGGACUCCUUCAGGGUCAUCAAGACGGCGUAGCUAAAUAUUGCAAUGGUUUGUCUAUUGUAGAGUGCACAUGUUUUUUGUAUAGCUGAUGCAAUACCUCUGUCCAUAACCUUUUGUAUCGGCAGAGAUGUUCAUAUUCAAUGUACCUUGUUUCCAAAUGUUGCAAAGUCUAAUCAGUUUCCAUUCAUGUCUAGUGGGAAAAGCCAGUUCCAAAUGAAAUGUAUGUGCUGAAUUCAUAUCAAGGUAUCACAAAUAAAAUAUAGAACCAAUCAGUUGCAUAUGAAA